AUGCCCGCUUAUAUCAUAAUCAGCACGUAUUCAACCCAAACUAAGCUCAACCAAAAGUCCGGAUGUUCCCAUCUCGCGGAUGUUGAAACUGAGAUGAUUGUCCGACUGCCGCACAUCGUUAAGCCACGACUCCAGGUUUUCUGUCCUAAAAGAUCUUCUCGAUUCUCCACACACAGUCAUGACCUACUUCAACGAUGGGAGAAGAAGUCUUUAAAGCCUUCGUUUAAUCCAUCCAUUGAGCAACAGAGAGUUGUAAGACUCUGCCGUAUGCAAAAUGUGGUAGUGUCAGCGCGGCCAGGAUCUGGCAAAACGGCUACAGCUGAAGCUAUUAUCGCUGCCCAUCCGGACAAGCGAGUAGCGGUGAUCACUUAUUCGAAGAGACUUCAACUUGAGACGCGUCAUCGGCUUUAUACUUAUACUAAUUGCGAGGUUUUCACUUUUCACGGGAUGGCCGGCGUGCUUUUUGGAGCUGUUGUGCGUAAUGAUGCUGAACUAUUAGAACAAAGAAGGAGAGUCCUUCGUUGUAAUGCGCUUCCUCGAUGGAAUUUUACGCCAUUUGAUAUUAUCGUUUUGGAUGAAUUUCAGGAUUGUACUGAAAUUAUCUACUGGCUAACUAAUUGCUUCAUCCUAGCUAACAAACAGGAGGCUGACGGCCAUUCUCCCCAACUUGUCGUACUAGGUGACGAGCGGCAAUCUAUAUAUCGAUUUCGCGGUGCUGAUCAUCGCUACCUCUCACUAGCUCCUCAAUUAUUUGCUCAUACUAGUCCCUACCCAUUCGUUAAGAUUCCUUUGAGCCAAAGCUUUCGGCUAUCCGAUCAUUUAGUUCAAUUUGUCAAUCGGGUUUUUCUCAAUGACGAAUCAUACAUUUCUAGCUCAAAACCCGGUCCUAAACCUAUCGUGCUGAGAUGCGAUCCUUAUGAUAGCUAUGCGUUAGCUAAGGAGUUGUCAGCCCUCAUCAAGCGCUAUGGAGCAAAGAAUAGCGCAUUGAUAGCACCGUCUCUGAGAAAGAAUAAGCAAUUGCAGCUCUUGACUAAUAUAUUGUCUAAGAAAUAUCGCAUUCCAAUUGCUAUAUCAAUCAAUGACGAGGUGGCUCUAGACGAUAGAGUGACUUAUGGGAAGAUGUGUGUUUCUACUAUCCAUCAGUUUAAAGGCAGCGAGCGUCAUUUAGUCAUUCUUUUCGGUAUCGACUCCUCGUUCUUCGAGCAUUUUGGCCGCGAUAUUCCAAACGACAGGUGCCCCAAUGAGAUUUUUGUGGCUCUAACACGUGCUGGAAAACAGCUUGUUAUAGUCCACGACGAAAGCAAGAAGCUUAUGCCAUUUAUAUCUGUGAAGGCGCUAUACGAAACAGCCGAGGUUAUCAACAUGACAAAUAAUAUGGCGAAGCUUUCUCUGCCCAACUCACCUGGCCAACCUCUAAAGCUUGGACUUACUCUGCCAGCUUCCAUCAGCGUUCAAGAUAUGGUCCGACAUAUACAGGACGAACCUCUGCAUGGAAUUAUUACUCGUGAACUACGCAUCCAAAAACUUUCCCCGCCGCUACCCAAGCAAAAGCACAUUAAUAUACCUAAUGUCGUACUUUCAGACCCACGCAAAAGAUUCUACGAAGCUGUGAGCGAUAUAAAUGGGCUUGUCACCGUCGCGGCUUUCGAGCACAGUACUACUGGAACUCUAAAUACGCUGGAAAUCGACCAAAGUUUCAUCGAAGCAAUACCCCCCAUCGGUUCACUACAGUAUAUCUCUUGGCUUUGUCGCUACGCAUGUGAAUAUGAGGCUGGCAUCUCGGGCUAUCUACCUCGAAAAAUUCAGAUGAAAAAUCAUGCAUUUGAUUGGAUGAUGCCUAGAGAUUUGGCCUUAGCCCGAAAUAGGAUGCAAGGAGAACUAGGAAAUGACGCCGCAAAUCUUCGGUUUGAAGUUAAAGCCGAGCAAACGUUCAGUGUUGAUGAUCAUGAAACCCGCCUUCAGGGUCAAGCCGAUAUUGUCGCAGUCGCUCCCCCGUCAGACAGCAGCGGUAGUAGAAGCGCUGAUUCUAUCUGGGAGAUUAAGUUUGUCUCGCACCUUUCUAACAGCCAUGUCUUACAAGCAUGCACCUAUGCCUACUUAUUGGGGUUAAGAAGUAUCAUGCUCUAUAAUGUGCGAGAUGGAGAGAAAUGGGAAAUCAUACCACAUGAUGGACAAGAGGGACUACGGCGUAUGAUCGAAAGCGUUCUAAGAGUCAAGUAUACGACUUCGGGGCAGAUGAAUGAUAAGGAGUUCACUGAGAUGUGCGCAAAGGUCAUGCUGGAAGUCUUAAGCCUAGAUGAUUCACGGGAGCAAAUGUCUCUCACAGGUUGUAAAGCUUACCAUAAAUGUUAG